CGGCGGGGACGGGCCGGGCUGGGACGGGCGGAGCGUCCUGAGGCUCCCGAGGCUCCCGCCGCCCCCGCUCCAGGUCCCGCCGCCCGCACACCGGCUCCCCGCCGCCACCGGGCCAGGCACCGGCACCAUGUCGGUGGCGGGGCUGAAGAAGCAGUUCUACAAAGCGACCCAGCUGGUCAGCGAGAAGGUCGGAGGGGCCGAAGGGACCAAGCUAGAUGAUGACUUCAAGGAGAUGGAAAAGAAAGUGGACGUGACCAGCAAGGCUGUCACAGAAGUACUGACCAGAACCAUAGAGUACCUCCAGCCCAACCCAGCUUCCAGAGCCAAGCUCACCAUGCUCAACACGAUGUCCAAGAUCCGCGGGCAGGUGAAGAACCCCGGCUACCCCCAGUCCGAGGGGCUGCUGGGGGAGUGCAUGAUCCGCUAUGGGAAGGAGCUGGGAGAGGAUUCCAACUUUGGGGACGCGCUCCUCGACGCCGGCGAAUCCAUGAAGCGCCUGGCGGAGGUGAAGGACUCGCUGGACAUCGAGGUCAAACAAAACUUCAUUGACCCCCUGCAGAACCUGUGUGACAAGGACCUGAAAGAGAUCCAGCACCACCUGAAGAAGCUGGAAGGGAGGCGCCUGGACUUCGACUACAAGAAGAAGCGCCAGGGCAAGAUCCCCGACGAGGAGCUGCGGCAGGCCAUGGAGAAGUUUGAGGAGUCCAAGGAAGUGGCAGAGACCAGCAUGCACAACCUCCUGGAGACAGAUAUCGAGCAGGUGAGCCAGCUGUCAGCCCUGGUGGACGCCCAGCUGGAUUACCACAGGCAGGCUGUGCAGAUCCUGGACGAGCUGGCCGAGAAGCUGAAGCGCAGGAUGAGGGAGGCCUCCUCGCGUCCCAAGCGGGAAUACAAACCCAAGCCCAGGGAGACGUACGACUUCAGGGAGCCUGACCAGUCCAACGGGGGCUUCUCCUGCAACCCCACCCCCAAAGUCUCAGCAGCUUCCGCCUCUUUCCGGUCGGACAAGCCGUCCCGGGCCUCCGUCAGGAGUAUCCCCCCCCUGGACCAGCCCUGCUGCAAAGCCCUCUACGACUUCGAGCCCGAGAACGACGGCGAGCUGGGCUUCAAGGAGGGCGACAUCAUCACCCUGACGAACCAGAUCGACGAGAACUGGUACGAGGGGAUGAUCCACGGCCAGUCCGGCUUCUUCCCGCUCAACUACGUGGAAGUGCUGGUCCCGCUACCUCAGUGAACCGGCGCCGAGUGUCCCGAGCUCCAUUCCAGCUCCAGCCCCGCCUCCCCGCCUCGCCUCGGGGCCGGCGCUACCAGGGAACAAACCAGAAGGGUCCCACGGCCCCUUCCCCCCGUGAAGUUGGUUUUUUUUUUUUUUUUUUUCUUUUUUUUUUUUUUUUUUUUGUCCUUCUGGUGCUUGAAGUUCGGUACUUUGUGCGCCCCCAGCCCCGGCCGUGCUGCUGGCACUGCCCUGGCACUGCCCUGUCCCUGUCCCUCCCCACUUCCCGUCUUUCCUUUGGGUCCAGCGCCCGGAUGAGGCAGGUGGCACAGCUGGGAUGUGUCCUGGGCACAGGGAUAGGGAGGUGGCACAGCCCAGGUGUGCCUUGGGCACAGGGAUGGGCAGGUGGGAGAGCUGGGAUGUGUCCUGGACACAGGGAUGAGGAGGUGGCACAGCCCAGGUGUGUCCUGGGCACAGGGAUGAGGAG